AUGCUCAUUCUAUGUGCACCACCACUUGUGGCAGCUACCGUCUACAUGGUCCUCGGCCGCAUUAUCCGCUCCUUCGGCGCUGAGCAUCUUUCAAGCAUGCGCCCCAAAUGGCUCACCUUUGUCUUCGUUAUGAACGAUGUCCUCUGCUUCUGUACACAAUUGGGAGGUGCAGGUGUCCAAGUUACCGGGGACGAGAAGGUGAUGAAAAUUGGCAAGAAGGUCGUUUUGGCUGGCUUGAUCUUCUCCUUGGUUGUCUUUGCCUGGUUUAUUCUGAUUGCGGCCAAAUUUCAUCGACGACUGCAGCAAAAUCCCACACCUCUUCUCAAUCAGAAUUCCGAUCUACCUUGGCAGCGAUACAUGUGGGCAAUCUACAUUUCUUGCUUGGCUUUGAUGGUCCGCAAUCUGGUGCGGACUAUUCAGUUUGGAGCCGGUCAGAAAACCGAUGUCAACACCAAGGAGGUCUAUAUCUAUGUUUUUGACGCCUUCUUAAUGUUCUUUACGUUGUUGGUAUUGACCAUUUAUCAUCCGGGUCGGCUUAUUAAAAAUGCUCGUCGCUUGACCAAGGCUGAUUUUACGGGAGAACGAAAUUCUGCGCAUGGGCUGUUGAGUCAAUGUGAGAUGGGCGAGCGCAUGCCGAACAAGUGA